CCUAGACCUCUCUUGAUAUAAAAUUGAAACUAAAAUCCCGAAAGUCACUGCUCUCUUCUUCCUCCUAAUCUCUGAGCAUUCCGAAUUUGAUCCGCUUGAAGCCAUGUCGAGGAGGAAGGUCAGGGAACCAAAGGAAGAAAAUGUAACCCUUGGACCAACUGUAAGGGAUGGAGAACAUGUUUUUGGUGUGGCUCACAUUUUUGCUUCCUUCAAUGACACAUUCAUUCAUGUGACUGAUUUGUCUGGCAGAGAGACCUUGGUUCGCAUCACUGGUGGCAUGAAGGUGAAAGCUGACAGGGAUGAGUCUUCACCAUAUGCAGCCAUGCUUGCGGCCCAAGAUGUUUCACAAAGAUGCAAGGAACUUGGAGUUACUGCUCUUCAUAUCAAGCUCCGUGCCACUGGAGGAAAUAAGACCAAGACACCUGGUCCUGGUGCCCAGUCUGCUCUCCGAGCCCUUGCUCGUUCUGGAAUGAGAAUUGGUCGCAUAGAGGAUGUUACCCCAAUCCCCACUGACAGCACUCGAAGAAAGGGUGGAAGAAGAGGGAGAAGACUGUGAGCUGGCUCUUAUUAUUUCAUCAAACUAUCCUUGCAUUUGGGUGUUUUGUUUUCUGUGGUGGUUCCUUGAAGCUUCAGCUAGAAAAUGAUUUUUUUAGUUGAAACAUUUUUGUAGUUUUGACAAUGGCUUGGUUGACUUAAGAUUUAUAUGGAGUAUUUUGUGAAAUGGAACCAUUUGACUUUAACUAGGGCAUUUACUUCCCUCUUUUUCAAUAUGGAAUCGUAUGAUUAUAAGUUAUAACUUC